GAAAAUCGAAAAAAAAUAAUCAAACGGCGAAAAAAUCAUCACUUGUGAUUGUAUCUAGCUAAUCAAAAAGCUGCACUAGAAUCGAUUGCGACUUGGGCGCCCAGAAGUGUGGAACAGAUCCUUAUUGCACCAGAGUCUCAUUGGAUCACCGAUCACUGAUCACUGAUCACCGAAUAAGUACUAAAUUCGUAGGCUCCAAGUUCAAGGUUCACGGUGCCCGCAGGACUGACCCAGAAUCCAGCCACGGACCAUCCGGGCCAGAAGGCCAAAGGCGGCAAGCUGCAAGGAGUCCAGAGUGUCGAGCCACUUUGACCACUGGUUCCAAUCCGAUUUCUUUUCCACUUUUGAUAGUUUUAUAUUCAGGAUGGUCAUCAAUCUGAAUCCGGCCACCUCUUCGAACGCCAAUGCCAGCGGUAGCAGCGUGGGCGGCGGCAGCGGUGGCGGCGGAAUGAGCGGCGCUGGGAGCCAGAGCGGUACCAUCAUUGGCGGAAACGGAAACGGAGGCGGAAACGGUAACGGUAACGGCAGUGGCAGCGGCAGUGGCAACAUCGCCGGAAACGCAAGCGGUGGCGCCACCAGCAACCUGAUGGGCAUCAUAAGCCAUGAGGUAUUCGAGGGCAACAUCCACCUGCAUGUGGUAUGUGCCGGCGACUCGAACGCCAAGUGGAUCACCCUGGAGGAGGCGAUGGCCUACUGUCCCAGCGGCGUUAUUGCCUACACCAAGCUGCAGCUGGCCGAGAUUUAUGGCGUGCCGAUGGACCUUCUGUUCGAAUGAUGACAAGGCAUAAGCCCGGGACGAUGGUUUUGAUGGAUUCUUGAUGGCGACUGGCAUUUGGACUUGGGCACUGUUGGCAAAAUUUUGGAAUUCAAUAUUCGGCAAAUUUGCGGCAUAGACGACCGUCGAUCGCCCUUUCCUUCUAGAUUCCCUGCUCUACUACUGAGACCAAAUUUGAAGUUCCUGGCGUUAAGCGAUUUCUUUUGAAGGCAGCAAUUACUGGAGAUAGUAUAGUUAGUACCAACCAUGUGGAAAUAUCCGACACAUAUAUAUAUUAAUGUUCGGUUCGAUAACAACUGAUUGAGCUUUUUUCACUGGCUUGAGAAAAUCGUGUCAUUUUUGCUCAUCCGAAAUGUACAAUAAAUAGCUCGAAAUAAACCAUAAAAAUCGCAAA